AUGAAACGGGUACUGUUCAAAAAUCCGAUAGACACGCGCAAAAACAACGUGUACGCUACACCGUACAGCUGCGAUAUACGAGAACCCGAAACGAGGAUGGUGAGUGUAGACGGCACUAAAAAUCUUCAAAAAGUGCACGUUAUGGGUAUACCGACUGGAGUCUCGCCGUACGUCAACGAGACACUGGUAGACGGUGCGGAACGUCGGCGUUUUUAUAUCUUUUCGGAAAAUAAACUUACGGAAGACUUGAUAAGACUGAUGACUCAACACCACAAACUCGAACCGUACGACGUGCCGCGAUUUCAGACGCCGUGCGGUCGCGUCGAUCAGCAACCGUCGACGAACUUUUACGUGUACGAUCAACGCGCGUCAAACGAUCACGCGUCGUUUUUCGAAUAUCGAUAUUUCAGACAGAGGUACUGCGAGGCCAACGCGAUAUUCGACCCGGCGUCUAAAAACGUUUACCGCUUCGUGCUGCCCGACGAGUGCGUGGCGCCGCUGGCCUUUAUAAUGCCGGAAAACUACGUGGCGAUUUCGCCAAAGAGGGGCUACAUCAUGUUCGAAACCGGUAUAAUCAUACAUUUUUUUACAAAACACUUCAUGUUGGCCAAAAACGCCUUGUCGCCAGCCAACGCGUCCAAACCAGCAGUGGUGACAAAUAAUGCGCACCGAAAACCUGUUAAAUUGCGUCAAAGAAAAAUUCAGCAAGCUAGGGUUUUUAAACAUGUACAGCGCGGGUCCGAGACAGCUUGUGGCGUACGACAAAUUCGUCACGGCCGUUCUGGGUGA